GCGCGCAUAGCUUGAUUACACAUAACGCUUGGGAACAAACCAAUUCAUCCAGCCGCGUCCAGAACCCGGCGGAUGUACCCGCUCCACCAGUCAGCAUUACCCGUAGCAUCCCUACCGGGAGCCUGGAAACAACACACCAGCCGCGUAGGGCGGGGUUCACAUCGCGCGUGACUCGUCAGCGCCGGUUGGUUUCCGGCCAGAGCCGCCAUCCGGCCGACUCGCGAGUUGGGGUGACUGGCAGCUGGCGGGGGUCGAAUAAAAGCGCCCGGGGCCACGGUCAGGUCGUCACUGAGCUCCAUGCGGCACGGCACCGGCACCAUGGCGGCUACUCUCACCCGUUUUCUGGCUCUGGCCCUGCUGGUCGCUGCGGCCUCGGCGCAGAUGGGCGGCCGGCGCGGGAUGCGGGGAGGACGUCCCCCUCGCCUUCCCAGCCCGGAGGAGCAGCUGGCCACCAUGAAGGAGGCUGGCUGUCUGCCGGAGGACUUCGUCGACCCGGACUUCAGCGAGUGUGAGAGCAAGAGACUGCCGCCCAUGAAGAUGGCGUGCAUCGCCACCGUUUCUGGCUUCUCCGGCAACUCUGGUUUCGACCAGGCUGCUGCCGAGGCAUUCAUCGACGCCCGCUCGUCUGAUGCUCAGUGGACCGCCCACCAGAAGGAGCUCCUCUCCAACUGCUCCUCGAUGCUCUCCGAAGAGCUGCCUGUCGAGAAGCAGGGCCUCUUCGUGCAGCUCUGCUGGAUUCAGCUGACCGUUGGCGAGUGUGCCGUCCAGCGUCUGACCGCUACCAUCGCGGAGGUGGACGCGGACAACGCCGAAGAAGUGGCCACCGGUGUUGCCACCAUGGCCGGCGGACACUGCUUCAAGAAGGGGCUCGAGUACCCCGCGGAAGCCACGCAGAUGUGGGAGAAUUGUGCGGCCGAAAGCGGUCUUGACGUCACCGUGCUGAUGGCGGCGGGAGCCUACUUCAAGAUGUUCAUCAUGGGUGACAACGGCCUGCCAGAACUGACUGCUGAUAACAUCACUGCUGUCGCCGAGGAGUUUGAGAAGAUUGAGGCAGUCAUCGACUGCUACGCCCUGGCCAGUGGCGAGGUGAGCAGCGACGGCACGAUCAACUAUGACACCAUCCUGGCCGGCAUCGAGGCGGCCGAGGGCAAGCAGCCCGUCAAGGAUGCUGCCAAGAAGAUUGUGGAGUAUUGCCAGGGUGAGAACCCGGAGGACAUCGGCGAGUUCUACGACUGCUUCGUGGAGGCCCAGCCGUACGCCUGUGUGGCUCUGAGGUCGUACGCCAUCAUCAGCGGUCCGGGUGGAAGGGGAGGUCGUCCCGGUGGUCGUCGUCCCGGCGGUCGUACCGGCGGUCGUCCCGGCGGUCGCAGGGGUCGUCGUGGUGGUCGUAAUGGUCGUUCCGUGGUUCUCCUUCCCUGAAUGAGGAGCCAGUCGACCUGACCUCGCGUCACAAGACCAACGUGGCCGUCUCCUUCAGACAAGGACCCGACACCAUUUGAAGACAACCAACUGCCUGCUACAGACCAUGGACUUGAAUUAGUGAUAUGCAUCUUCCUAUUUUUCUGUUAUUUUCACAUUUUGUGAUGUGUUGUCUUUUCCGUGCACUUACCCUGGAAUAGUCAUGGAUUUCUUGUUCUAAAAGAGCGUUGUGGUACAUCAAUCACCCUUGCAAGGAUUUACUUGUCCUUUCACGUACUUAUCAACUGUGAUAGAAUAUGCACUGAAAAAUACAGUUUUCAACAC